ACGGCUCAUCCCGGCUCAUCCAGGCGCUUCCCGGAGCUUCCCGGCUCCUCCCGGAGCAUCCCGGCGCCGGCCGCGGCUCCCCGCCCGGCAGCGGCUCAGCGCAGUUUUGGAUCCUUCCAGGCGGCAAGAUGACUCUGUGGAAUGGCUCCUACCCCUUCUACCCUGGAGCCAAUGCCUGCUUCCCCUUUGACACCACCCGGGCUGUCAUUGUCACCGUAUUCCUCUCCCUGCUGGCCACGUUCAUCAUCAUCCUGCCGGGGAUCCCGGGCAGGGGGAGACUGUUUUGGUUCCUGCGCUUGGUGCUGGGGCUCUUCAUGGGAGCAGUGAUCCUCCAUGUCCAGUUCACCAGGGACUGGGAGAGUGGCUGGGUGCAGGCAAACACCUCCUACAAGUCCUUCAGCCCGGUCCAGGUGAGCGCGGACAUCGGGCUGCACAUCGGCCUGGCCGGGGUGAACGUCACGCUCAGGGGAAACCCGCUGCAGCAGGUCAACGAGACCAUCAACUACAACGAGCACUUUCCCUGGAGCUUUGGAGAGGAUUACGACCGCAGCUACAGCCAGGGGCUGCACAAGGGGCUGCCCAGCCCCAUCCUGUACGUGGCAGAGAAGUUCAGCUCGCAGAGCCCCUGCGCCGUGCACAGGCAGUACCGCAUCGCCGGCCACUACGCCUCAGCCAUGCUCUGGCUGGCCUUUUGCACAUGGCUCAUUUCCAUCCUGCUCUUCUCCAUGUCCAUCCUGCUCUAUGGUGGCCAGAUGCUCCUGCUCACUGGCACUCUGAUCCUCUCCUCACUGCUGCUCUUCUCCACUGCGAGGAACACCUUGAAGUGCCCCAUCCAGUUCGGCCCAGCUGCCUUGAGAACAGACUAUGGUGAAUCCUUUUGGCUGGCAUUAGCAACAGGGCUGCUGUGCCUGCUCCUGGGGCUGGCCAUCAUCAUCCUCAACUCCGUGCAGCCAGAGAAGCUGAAGCUCUUCUUUAGCCUGAGCAAGAGCAGCCAAGAGGAGCUGUGGGACAAGUCCUGCCUGCCAGCCCAGCCCAGCUGCUCUGCACAGGGUGGGUUUAUGGUGCCCCUCGGGGAGCUCUGCCACGGCACAGCCACCCAGCUCUGAGGCACGGGGCAGGCAGGGCAAGCCUGCAGGUGCUGCUCCUGAAUUCACCAAAUCCACCAGGAGCCCAGCUGGGAAGAGACAUGACAAGAACCAAGUGAUGGGAAUAUCCAGAUUUGGAAAAGUGUCUCAAAUACAACAGUUUGUGUUGGGUUUGGGGUGUUUCUUUUGUUUUUGUUUUGGUGUUUUUUGUUUCUGUUUUG